AUGUACUAUAUCCUUUAUCUGGCAAGCCUCUGCCGGCGCCGCCGCUGGCCAGAGCCUUCGUACGAAGCAUACGCCACCACAUCAGGCUACACCUGCGUGGUCCGCGUGCACAACCGGGAGUACCAAACAGAUACUAUUUACAAGUCGGAAGUGCUCGCCCGCGAAAGUGCCGCUAUGCGCGCAUACCUGAUUUGCCGCAAUUUCUCCGUCAAUGACGGCAUGUACCCGGCAGGUCACGACCACGGCGGCGUCGUGCAGGGAAUCCCAGUUGCUAUCGGCACGGGGCGCAAGGCUAGCCGCGAUGAUGACACGGAUACCUCCGUCAGCAGCAGGGGGGCAGCUGGAGCGGGGGCAGUAGUCCGGAGCGGAUGA